AUGAACCCUUUUCUUUCUCUCUACAUGAGACUGUUAGAGCAAAGAUAUGCAACCUCAGUCCCGAGCCCAACGUCAACCAAAACGUAUGGCCCAGCAUAUUCCGAUGUUAUCCAAAAACUCCCUCAAAUACCACCCACCACUACAUGGGGCAGCUGGUUGCCCAAUCACACAGAAAUCUUGGCAAAUGACACAAAUGGCCCCUAUGGCCAAGCGGCGUGGUCCUCCCUUUGGCAGCAGGUCAAGCUUGAGGAUUAUACGACCACUGGUUUAUACUCAACCACUAGUUGGCAUUCGGGACCGCAAAACCCGCAUCCGCACCGCACCGAACCCUAUGAGGUGCGGAUUCGGUCCCUAGAGAUAUUUUAA